AAGGGAAAGUUCGUCAAGCCGUUAAUUUACUCUCCAAUGCAAAUCGCCGAGGCCUCUUGCCUCUCGACUCUGCUCCCAGUUGGUAUAGACGAUGAAGGUAACACACAAUGGAAAUCAACUAAAGAAAUUCUUUUGGAUAAGCGUCCGCACGGACGGACGCCUAGCGUUAAUAUACUUUUGCAAGAUACGAAGCAGAGUUAUUUUGAUCCAAUCCUAUAUAACAGAAUUACCGGUGAAACAAUUAGAGAUGCAGCUAAUAAGAUCCAGGGCUCCGCUGGUCCGUCAGGCGUUGAUGCACAUCUAUGGCGUCGCUUUUGCUUGUCAUAUAAAACGGCCUCGUCGGACUUGUGUAAUGCACUUGCAGGAGUCGCUAGACGGUUGUGCACCAAGUCAGUUCUCCCCGAAGGUUCGUCAGCUUUCGUGGCAUAUAGGCUCAUUCCAUUGGAUAAAUAUCCUGGAAUACGCCCCAUCGGCAUAGGCGAAAUGCCCAGGCGUAUUAUAGUCAAGGCAAUACUUAGAGUGGUUCGAGACGAUGUCAAAGAAGGGUGGGUCCUUUGCAAACAUGUGGCGGUUUCGAGGCAGGCUUUGAAGCAGCUGUUCAUGCUCUAAAUCAUAUAUGGGAUUCAGAAGACACUGAAGGAAUGCUUCUUGUUGAUGCUAGUAAUGCCUUUAACACUCUAAAUCGUAACGAAGCGCUACAUAACAUCCACGCCACUUGUCCAGCGAUAUCGACAAUGUUAAACAAUACCUAUAAGGCCCCAGUUAGAAUGUUUGUGACAGGAGGAGGUGAAAUUUCAUCAAUGGAAGAAACGACACAAGGGGAUCCGUUAGCGAUAGCAAUGUAUGCGCCGGUUUCGAGGCAGGCUUUGAAGCAGCUGUUCCAUGCUCUAAAUCAUAUAUGGGAUUCAGAAGACACUGAAGGAAUGCUUCUUGUUGAUGCUACUAAUGCCUUUAACACUCUAAAUCGUAACGAAGCGCUACAUAACAUCCACGCCACUUGUCCAGCGAUAUCGACAAUGUUAAACAAUACCUAUAAGGCCCCAGUUAGAAUGUUUGUGACAGGAGGAGGUGAAAUUUCAUCAAUGGAAGAAACGACACAAGGGGAUCCGUUAGCGAUAGCAAUGUAUGCGCCGGUUUCGAGGCAGGCUUUGAAGCAGCUGUUCCAUGCUCUAAAUCAUAUAUGGGAUUCAGAAGACACUGAAGGAAUGCUUCUUGUUGAUGCUACUAAUGCCUUUAACACUCUAAAUCGUAACGAAGCGCUACAUAACAUCCACGCCACUUGUCCAGCGAUAUCGACAAUGUUAAACAAUACCUAUAAGGCCCCAGUUAGAAUGUUUGUGACAGGAGGAGGUGAAAUUUCAUCAAUGGAAGAAACGACACAAGGGGAUCCGUUAGCGAUAGCAAUGUAUGCGCCGGUUUCGAGGCAGGCUUUGAAGCAGCUGUUCCAUGCUCUAAAUCAUAUAUGGGAUUCAGAAGACACUGAAGGAAUGCUUCUUGUUGAUGCUACUAAUGCCUUUAACACUCUAAAUCGUAACGAAGCGCUACAUAACAUCCACGCCACUUGUCCAGCGAUAUCGACAAUGUUAAACAAUACCUAUAAGGCCCCAGUUAGAAUGUUUGUGACAGGAGGAGGUGAAAUUUCAUCAAUGGAAGGAACGACACAAGGGGAUCCGUUAGCGAUAGCAAUGUAUGCAUUAGCUAUUAGUCCUCUGAUUAACAGCUUAAAUGAGAAAGCACUAAAUGCAAGUCAGGUGUGGUUCGCGGAUAAUUCCAAUGCUGCAGGAAGUCUCGAAGCGCUUAAGGACUGGCGGCAACAUUUAGCUGAUAUCGGCCCUGAAUAUGGCUAUUUUCCAAAACCUAGCAAGACAACUAUGGUUGUAAAAGAAGAAUGCCUUGAUCGAGCAAAGGAACUAUUUGAAAACACUGGAAUUACAAUCACUACUGAUGGUCAUAAAAUGCUUGGUGCUGCAUGUGGUAAACGUCUUUUCGUGGAAGGAUAUGUGGCAGACAAGAUAAAAGAAUGGGAUGAAGAAAUCAUGACGUUAUCUACGAUAGCUGAAUCAUAA